AUGGCCAGUGCUAGGGACACUACAAGGGUUGGAGUAGGAACAAGGGCACGAACUCCAGUUGUAGAAAGGAUAGUACCUAAUUCUGGAUGGACACAGGACUCUGCGGGCCAUUACCUUCUGGUGGAUCUUCCGGAAUUCAGGAAGGAAGAGGUGAAGCUCCAGGUUGAUAGCUAUGGCCGUAUUGUUGUAAUGGGAGAAAGGAAAAUAAAUGAGUGGAAACAGGAUUAUUUUCGGCUGACUUUUCCUGCUCCAGUGGAUGCUGAUAUGGAUAGGAUCGCCGGAAAGUUUGAUGGAGGAAUCCUUUAUGUCACUAUCCCGAAGCAAGUAACGCAACAUAGCAAAGAAAAUAAGAUCAGGAAAGCUGAAAGUGGCAAAGUUGAAAGUGUAGAAGAAAGCGGUAGCCAUCGGCAUGGAAAUGGUGAAGUUGAAAGAGCAGAAGAAAAUGAUAGCCAUCGGUGUGGAAAUGGUAAAGUUGAAAGAGCAGAAGAAAAUGAUAACCGUCGGCAUGGAAAUGGCAAAGUUGAAAUAGCAGAAGAAAAUGAUAGCCAUCGGCAUGAAAAUGGUAAAGUUGAAAGAGCAGAAGAAAGUGAUAGCCAUGCAUCCAAUGAUCAUGAAGGGAGGAGAGAUCCCAGUCAUGACAAACAUACAGAGCAAGAAGUAAAAAGAAAUGAAAAUAAGUACAUCGCAGAAUUUCCUGAACAAGUAAUAAGGAAGUGGGAGCAAGAAUCCAUGUUAAGAGGUGCAGUUGAGGUUUUGAGGAAAAACAAAGGAAUUGUAGUAACAGCUGUUAUAGCCUUUUCAUUGGGGUUGUUCGUAUCUCAAAAAUUAAACAACACUGCAAGUUAA